CUAGAAUGAAGCACAUCAACAUCAGCAGCAGCAGCAGCAGUAGCGAACCGACAUGGACCGGAUCGGAGUGUCGUUCCUCGACCCUUUGGACGACUACGAGCUCCUCCACAGGAUCGGGUGCGGCACCUACGGGGACGUCUUCAAGGCUCGCAACAUCCGCACGUCCGAACUGGCCGCCGUCAAGAUCGUCAAGCUGGACGCAUGUGAUGACAUCACGUCCAUACAACAGGAAAUCACCAUGAUGAAGGAAUGCCAGCACAAGAACAUCGUGGCCUACUUUGGUAGCUACCACAGGAACGCCAAACUCUGGAUCUGCAUGGAAUACUGCGGCGGAGGCUCCCUUCAGGAUAUCUACCACGGUGCGAGUAGAUUUUUCUUCCUCACUUCUUCCACUAACUCUCUUGUCGUUCCCCAAAGUCACCGGUCCGUUAAAGGAGAAACAGAUUGCGUACGUGUCCAGAGAAAGCCUCCAGGGUUUAUAUCAUCUGCACGAAACGGGCAAAAUGCAUCGAGAUAUCAAGGGCGCCAACAUCCUUUUGACGGAACGAGGAGACGUCAAACUGGCGGAUUUCGGCGUGGCGGCGGAGAUCAGCGCCUCCGUCGCCAAAAGGAAGUCUUUCAUCGGAACGCCCUACUGGUGGGGGCGCUCGUUUCGCCACGCCGCCGUAGAGGAAUUUUGACACGGAUGGCUCCGCGCGCUCGCAGGAUGGCUCCGGAGGUGGCGGCGGCGGCGGAGAAGAAGGGCGGCUACGACCACCUGUGCGACAUCUGGGCCGUCGGCAUCACGGCCAUCGAGCUGGCCGAGCUCCGGCCGCCCAUGUUCGACCUUCACCCGAUGAGAGCUUUGAUGCUCAUGUCCAAGAGCGGCUUCCGACCCCCGAAACUGAAGGAAAAAAACAAAUGGUCCCCGACCUUUCGAAGCUUCGUCAAGACGGCGCUCGUUAAAAACCCUCGAAAAAGGCCGCCCGCCGAGAGGCUGCUGCAGCAUCCGUUUGUGACGCAAUUGUUGACCCGGAACCUGGCGAUCGAGCUGCUGGACGCCGCCAACGACCCCGAACCGCACGCCUCGUACGGCGCGGAGGACCUCGACCCGGAGAUGGACUCGGAGGCGCCGGACAAGAUCCCUUCGGCGGGGAAACGUCUGUCUGUCAAGAGAACGGUGUCCGAAGAACAAUUUGACCAAGUGACGUUCGGGACCCCGCUCAGGAAAGUUGGCGAACCUUAUCCUGAUUCGAGCUCCUACGACGACGCCGACGACUGGAGCUUGUCCGGAGAAGAAGAAGACCGCUCACCGAGCCUGUUGGAAUGUGUGGAGCAAGCUCUCCAGCUGAGGAGGUUAACCAUAAGGAGGGCACCAUCCACUGACGGAAGCGUGAGGAGCGGUUCGUUCAGCCCGACCACGGCGUCCCUGCCCGCCUUUUGCUCUUCGAGCAUCAACACCCGCAACAGAGACGCGACGCAGAGCCGCACGCUCGGCCCGCUCGCUCCGGCCGCCGCUUCCGUUUUGUCCCGCUGCUCGGCCACGCGAGAUGUCCGGCGGCGCGGCGGCAACGACGACGACGACCCGUGUCCGCCCGCCGGGGGCGCGGCGACAGCAGAGAUUAGAAAAGAGACGGGACUAUCUCCCGAAUGGCGCACCCUGAGAAAAAAGACGGAAGAAUCUAGAGCCGAUUUUCACGGACUUCCUCCGACCCCUCGAGUCCACAUGGGGGCUUGCUUCUCCAAAGUGUUCAACGGCUGCCCUCUGAAAAUCCACUGCGCCGUCACCUGGAUUUCCCCCAGUUCCAGAGAUCAGUAUCUUAUUCUUGGGGCAGAGGAGGGAAUCUACACCCUCAAUCUCAAUGAACUUCACGAAGAUACACUAGAGAAGCUGCUACCUCAACGAUGCACGUGGCUGUACGUGAUGAACGACGUGCUGAUGUCCGUGUCUGGCAAAUCGUCGCAGCUUUAUUCCCACGGUCUGACCGCUCUGUUCGAGCAGAAGGGACAUUUGGCGAAAAAGCACGGCGGCCCGUCGCGGAGCGGCACCAGAAAGUGCGCCUCCGCGAAGAUCCCAGACACCAAAGGAUGCAGGAGGUGUAGCGUCGCUCGAAACCCUUACACGGACAGUACUUUUCUCUGCGGAGCGGUUCCGUCCGGUCUAGUUCUGCUCUUAUGGUAUGAGCCUCUCCAGAAGUUCAUGCACCUGAAGCAGCUGGCGGCGAGGCUACCCGACCCUCUGGUGACCUUUGAACUGCUGGUGUCGGACACGGACGAGUUCCCGCAGUUGUGCGUCGGAGUGAGGGAUUGCGCCGACGGGAGCCUCCGCUUCGAUAUCAUAGAGCUGAACGGCUCGCCCGUUUCAGAGCCGGGUACGACCGUUCCUCUCGAUCCCGUUACGAACGGAAUACGCGACCGAGGAUCUUCUUUUGCAGAGAGCGGGGCUCUGGAGGCGGUGCGGGUCAUCCAGUUGGACCGAGACACUCUUCUGAUAGCAUUAGAAAAAAGGGUAAAGAUUGUUAACCUGCGGGGCUUCCCGUCCGAGGAGCCGGCUGCCGAAAUGUUGUUCGACUUCCCCAUCGAAACGCUAGUUUGUUUGCAGGACAGCGCGCUAGCCUUCUGGAAGCACGGCCUUAAAGGGAAGAGUUUUCAUUCAAAUGAGGUAACCCAAGAAAUCACAGAUGAGAGUCGAGUAUUCCGAGUUUUGGGAACAAACAGGGACAUCAUUCUUCAGAGCACGCCGACAAACGAGCCGUCGGCGCCGAGCAACGUUUACAUUCUGACGGGCCACGAAAGCAGCUAUUGAAACUGGAGACCACGUCUAGAAAGGGGAACCGGAGCUCGUGCUAACUGGAAACAUAUUUAUUCAAUAAAGUUCUUUGUGAGAAAUAGGACUUAUUUAAGCGUCUAUGUACAUACGGUGACAUUAUUUAUGGGACGUGAACUGUUGAACACUCCCCUAUCUCUGAGAUAGAUGAAAAUAAUUUGCAUGGCGUUUUACCAGCUUGCAUCAAUUUCUCACGUGAUCACAAUGUUUGGGGUUUGGAUGACCAAACGUUCCUAUUUUGCUCUCACUAAACAUGUAUCGCAAAUAAAAUGAACCCAA